AUGGCAGUAACAUCUUCAUGGAUUCUGGAUGUAUUCAUUUUAUUUGCCAUAGCAUCGUUCCUCCUCUACAAAUACAGUACGAGAAAAUUUAAUUAUUGGAAAAAACGCAGAAUAUACAACCCAAAACCGCUUCCAUUCCUCGGAAAUUUUCUAGAUGUAUUUUUGCUGCGAUGUACCCUUACAGAGUGGUUCAAAAAUAUGUACGACUCUGUAAAUGAACCAUACUUUGGCAUUUUCGUUUUCGACGAACCCUUUCUAGUAAUAAAAUCUCCGGAGCUCAUAAAAAAUAUUACAAUAAAGGACUUUUCGUAUUUCAUGGACAGAGCCGUAGCAUUACCAACACAUAACAAAAUACAGUCUCAAGUUCUUUUUUUCCAAAAAUCGCCAGAAUGGAAAAACGAUAGAGUAAGACUCAGUCCAAACUUCUCAUCAGGAAAAAUGAAAAGAAUGUUUCCUGUCAUCAGCGAUAUUAGUCAAAAUCUAGUUCGAUACCUCGAUGAACACCAAGAAGAAGUGAAAGUAAGAGAAGUUGUCGGAAAAUAUCUCACAGAUAUUACCGCAAAAUGUUUUCUUGGAAUCAACUCCAGAUGUUUUGAUGAUUACGAAGCAAUCUUCUAUAAAAUGGCAAAAGAUGUAUUCAAUCUGGGUUUGAGGAACUCGAUUAUGCAGACAAUGUACUUAUUCAAGCCAAACUGGGUAUCACUUUUCCAUCUAGACUUCGCGAAAAAGAUUCAUUGCGAUAUUUUUUCGGAAGCAGUUUCUAUAUCGAUGAGAGAGAGAACAAAUAGGAAUGUCAAUAAAAGUGACUACGUUGAUAUACUAGGAAAUUUAAAUUUUCCAGAAUUGAAUAUAGAUAAGGCGACUGAAAAAAUUACUGGUCAGCUCUUCCAAUUUUUUCUGGCUGGAUACGAAACAACUAGUACCACAAUUGCCGUCACUUUGCACGAGUUGAGCCUCAAUCCUGACAUCCAGAAUAAACUGAGGAAGGAAAUUCUAAUCAGCAUCGAUGAAAAUAGAGGUAUUACAUACGAGGCAAUUCAAAACAUGAAAUAUCUAAGAAUGUGUGUGACUGAAGUUCUCCGCAAGUACCCAAUAAUUCCUUUCUUGAGCAGAACGUGCAAUGAAGACUAUAAAGUACCAGGAACCAACGUAGUAAUUGAGAAAGGAAUGUCUGUUUUGCUUCCCUCAUAUAGUGUACAAAUGGAUAAGAAAUACUUUCCUGAGCCUACGAAAUACAAUCCAGACCGAUUUUUGAAUAUUUAUUCCAAUGAGAAUGGACUAUGUUACUUGCCCUUUGGUGCUGGACCACGAAAUUGCAUAGGCGAAAGGUUCGCUUUACUAGUCACAAAAAUGGCACUGUGCUACAUACUUUCCGAAUAUGAAAUACAAACAUGUGAUCCAGCUCCAAUGGAAUCCAUAUCGACUUAUGUGCUUUUGUCAAAAAUUGGCUCUCGGAUAAGAUUCAAAAAAAUUACUACCAAAUCCACGUGAGGAAAAGCGAAUCAGAAAUCCCAAAGUAAACAUAUGUUAUAUCGUAUAAUGAUUUUGAAUAUAUCUUCUCUAGCGAUAA